UGGAGUAGAGUACCAAGACAAGACGAGACAAAGCUGCAUGCGCUUUCACAGCAUGACGAAUGCCACGGCCUGGCCUGGCAGCGGUAUGAUUGCUACAUGCCACGCUCCACAUCGCGACGGGAUUCAUGGCUCUUUCACCACUCCCCCUCCUCCUGCUGCUGCUUCUUUUCGGCACGGCACUCUGCGCUGCACAGCGGUCUGCUUGUCCGUCGGCGAAUACGGCACCAUUGGCGUACGCUACGCCCGCCGUCGCUGCGGGAUACACUGCUCAUCGUAUCGCAUCAGGCCUGUCGCGUCCGAGGAGCGUAGUCAUCGACGACCGUGGACAGCUGCUGGUUUCGGGGUCAGAGCAAGGCGUGGUGGGGUUGGUCCUUGACGCGGCGGGGUGCGGCGUCGAGAGGACGGUUGUGGUCGUGGCGAGUGAUGGGACGGGCGAUCAUUUCAACCACGGACUGGCGCUCUCGCCGGACGGGAAAACACUCUAUGCGUCCACUUCCGGCUCCGCCUUCUCCUGGAGCUAUGACAGCUCGCGCCUUGCCGCCACGAACCGUCGGGAGCUAGUCUCGGGCAUGUCCUCCGCGGGGCACAUAACCCGAACGCUGCUCGUUCCCUCUCGGCACGCCGACCUUCUGCUCAUCUCGCGGGGGUCCAACAGCAACCUCGACGCGGGCACGACGUCGCUCGCCAGCGGGCGGUCGAUGAUAAAGGUGUUCAACACCACGGCGAUUGGCACGGGGAAGCCGGCGGACUAUACGCGCGAUGGCGUCGUGCUCGGAUGGGGCCUGCGGAACUCGGUCGGCGUGGCGGAGAAUCCGGCCGACGGCGGGAUUUGGAGCGUGGAGAACUCGGCGGACCAGGUAACCAGGUACGGAGUGGAUUUUCAUAGGGAUAAUCCUGGCGAGGAGUUGAACUACCAUGGAGGUCUGGAUGGGAUUCCUGAGGAGGCGGCGAAUUACGGUUAUCCCUCGUGCGUGGCCGUGUACGACCCCACCGCGAUCCCGCGCGCCGGCUCACUCAGCAUCGGCUCGCAAUUCGCGCUCGCGCCGAACGAGACAUCCACGGACGCCACGUGCAAUUCCGACCUGUUCCGCUCUCCGCGCCUCACGUUUGCCGCGCACACGGCGCCGCUGUCGCUGGCGUUCAACGGGAGCACCUCGGCGUUCGUGGCGUUCCACGGCUCGUGGAACCGCGACGACCCCGUGGGAUACCACGUUGCCGUGCUCGAUUUUAGCGACGAUGGGCAGCCGAGGAAGACGAGCGGCGAGAAGGAUCCUGAGACUAGGGUCAUGUGGAAUGAGGACUUGGGGAGCUGCCCGGAUGCGUGCUUUCGGCCCGCGGGUGUGGCGGUCGGUAGGGAGGGGCAGGUAUUUGUCACUGCGGAUUCGACGGGGGAUUUGUGGGUUCUUACGCGGGAGCGGGAGUCGGCAACGGGACGGGAUCAGAGUGCGGUGUCGAAAAGAUGUACCGCGCGCUCGGAGGUGGUGUUGGCGGUGGUGCUGGGUAUGGCAGUCUGGAACGGUUUGCUCUAGCAGUACAUUUCAUGAUGAUUGAUUUUGCGCUACGGGUGGUAGAUGGCGCAUUCCCGGCGCAUUCGACAUGGUAUAUACAAGGACAAGUAGAAGCCCCCAGGCAUCU